AUGAAUAAUACCUAUCAGGGCGUACAGCUGCAACUUGAGAAUGCACGCUCUCUUGUGGCCAUGAAAAUGGAGCAAAUAGGUCUAGGGAUAUAUACUGAUAUUAUAGUUCGGGUUUCAGAGGCCCUUGAGCAGGCUGAAAAAGGUGACCCAGAUCUCUCCAAUCUUUUGCUUUUAGCGAAAUAUGAACUCGUUGAUCAAGUAAGAAAAAAUCCACAGUACUUCUACUUCAUAGAAGCGCUAGGAGAGCUUAUUCAUGAUCAGGCUGUAUCACUAGGUCCAAUUCAAAUUGUACAAUCUUCUGCACCUAUUUCAUCAAAGCCGCCACCAGUAAGAUCUUCCAGGCCUAUGCCUCAUCGAAAGGGGAUGCGUAAGCAUUCAUCCUUGCAGGCAUCCAAGGCGGGCUCUUCAAAGACCGAUGGCCCUCGCCCACCAGAUGUCAGGCAAAAAGCACCUAUACCGAGCACGCGAGCAAAAAAUCACAUGCCUCUGCGACAGCAAUCUGUUGCACCGGCUUCUACACCUACGUUGAAGACACCAGACCGGCGAUUUGACGCACUUUCGGCUACCAGUUUGGGGCUUUCACAGGAACACUUCAGUAAGAUGGCCUCGACACGAGUAUGUUUACUUGCUGCCAACCGAAUUCGCGUUGCUGGCAUGAACGGAGUUAAGCGAGAGCUGAGGAGAGUGAUAGAAUACCCUAUUAAGAUCCCAAAAAUCUUCCGCCACAACGUCUGGCCCACAACAGGGCUACUUCUUUACGGACCAGCAGGUACUGGCAAAACCUUAAUAGCAUCAUCCGUGGCUACCCAAGCAGGGUACAACUUCUUCAAUGUGGCUAUCUCUGAUAUCGUAAGCAAGUGGAAGGGAGAGGCCGUACUAUGUGUUCGUGCACUCUAUACGAUUGCACGGGCAUGCGCACCAAGUGUGGUAUUCAUAGAUGAGAUCGAUGCUCUUGUGUGUGGCGAUAGUAGGACAACCGAUGAGACCUCUGUUCAGAUACGAACAGAACUUCAGACCCAACUGGAUGGGUUUCAGCACAAGAUAUCCGACUCCAUAGAAGGUGAUUUGUCUUUCAAUCCAGAAUCCCUGGUUAUUACUAUUGGAGCCACAAAUUUCCCGUGGAAGCUAGAUGGUCCUAUUCUUCGAAGAUUUACCAACCGGGUAUACAUUGGUUUGCCCGAUGAAGCAACCGUUAAAGAGCUACUAACUAUGUGUGUUGACUUUGAUCGUCAAGAUCCAGACGUAACGAUUGACUGGCUUAUACCCAGAUUGGCUGGCUUCAGUAGCGCUGAAAUUAGUGCCAUUGCCAGCCGUGCCCAGCUAUUGUCAUAUGAAGAAGCGUUUUCAGAGGUAGCAUCUACCAUAGAGCUAGUCGAGAAUAAUCAAACAAUAGUGUUAAAAAACAUACUAACCACUCAAAAGCACUGGGACCUAGUCAUAUCAGACACCAAGCGAGUGGUCUCUCUAAAUGACAUUAAGAGGUAUGAAGACUGGCAGGCUGAAUAG